CCCCCCGCCCGAGCAGUUAGUAUAUAUACUGAAAGCCCAGCAUUGGCGAUUAUCCGGAUACCAUCCAAGCAUCUAAACAACAACUCUAUCUGCCUUGAGUCGCCUCUGCUUCAUUAACAACCACAAAUCACACAAUGUCGUCGAAACCCAUCCUCAUCGUCGGCGCGGGCCUCGGUGGCCUGGCCCUCGCGCAGGGCCUCAAGAAGAAUAACAUCCCCGUCAAGAUCUACGAGCGAGACGCCAAGCAAGAUUUCCGCGCGCAGGGCUACCGUCUGCGCAUCGGGACCGAGGGCAUUCGGGCCCUCCAGGCCACCCUGACCCCGGAAUUGUUCCGCCUGUUCGAGGCGACCUGCGCGGAGAACGGGCUGCUAUCCGGCGGCGCCAGACUUGAUGCCUUGUCCGGUAAGCCGUUGACCCAGCAGGCAGGUGGUGGUGGUGGUGGUGCUGGAGGCCCUCCCAUCCAAGCCCAAGGCUCACUAAGGCCGUACACCGUCGACCGCGGGAUACUGCGCGAGGUGCUCAUGACCGAUCUUGAGGCGGAACUACACUUUGGGAAGCGUUUUACACACUACGAAGUCAGACAAGGGAAGGGUGAGGAGGAUACGGGUCACGAGAACACUGGAGUGGUCGCGUUUUUCGACGACGGGACCGCGGAGGAAGGCGCCUUGCUCGUCGGCGCGGACGGACUGCGAUCGCAAGUGCGCAAGCAGCUCCUGUCGCCGGCCUAUCCGUUCUUGGAUACGGGGAUGCGGAUCGUGUACGGGAAGACGUACAUCACGCCGGAGUUUGGACAGCGCUUUGCUCGAGAGGCAAUGGGGGGGAUGUCCCUGGUCACCGAGAGGGAGACGGGAGCGCCGAAGACGCUGCUGCUGGAAGCCACUCGGUUCCCGCAGGCGAAUACCCCAGUGCGCGGGAUCCAGUUGCCGAGGGAUUAUGUGUACUGGGUCUUACUGGCGCAUAAAGAUUAUAUCCCGUUAGAAGAUGAGGAGGUGUUGAAGUUGGAUGGGGACGGGUCGGCGAGGUUGUCGUUAGAGCUCACGGCAGAUUGGGAUGCGUCUGUGAGGGUCUUGUUCGAGGAACAGGAUCGGAACCAAACGUCGACGUUGAGGAUCUGUUCCGUGAAGCCGGAUGUGCCGGCCUGGGAGGCACAUGCGAGGGUGACGCUUCUGGGAGAUGCGAUUCAUGCCAUGCCUCCAACUGGCGGAAUGGGCGUGAACACUGCAUUGCGCGACGCGGAGGAUCUGGUGCGGAGGAUUGUCGAAGUGAAUGGGUCAGGUGGUGUGGAUGUGGAUCUUGUCGCAGGGUAUGAGGAGAGUUUAAGGGCAUUUGCGCGGAUAUCGGUCAGACUCAGUUGGGAAGGAGGACGAAGAGGAUUCGACUUGAGACCAGCUGAAACAUGUGAGGAAAUAGUUUUGUGA